AUGCUCCAGCGUCUGUUCUCAGUUCCUAGUAGUCCUGUUCCUGGCGGUGCAGUGCACACAUCGCUACGAAACUCUGCCGCCGCCGCUGCCACCGCCCCAAAUCUCCCUGACAACAACGCUGUCGCUGCUCCACCGACCCGCCAACCAAACCCCGACUUCUUCUUCUUCUUCUUUUCUGUUUGCCCUUUUACUUCCUCACCCCUUCACCUCCUCUCACCCUCUCCGACUCUCCUCUCCUCUCCUCUUCCUCUUCCCCAACUACAUCCUCAUCCUCAUCCUCAUCCUCACCCGUCGCCCUCGGUCGAAGCCGUCACUCUCUCGAACGGACUCCCCACGCCUUCUCCACCCACGGCCACAGCCUUCUCACCAGGCCCUUAUAAUAAUAAUACCAGAACCCUGAUCGAUCUCCUCGAGCCUCAAUGUUCUGACCAGUGCAAUUACUCUCUCACCAACCUCAUCGCUGCGACCUGCGAGCUUUUCGGACCUCCCACUGAGCUUGCAGCCGUAAAGCAACGGGUUGGUGACCACCUCGAGUAG